AUGAACGGCGAUGAGCAGUACUACGCGACCACGCAGCUUUACAAGGACCCGUGCGCCUUCCAGCGGGGCCCCGCGCCUGAGUUCAGCGCCAGCCCCCCGGCGUGCCUGUACAUGGGCCGCCAGCCCCCGCCGCCGCCGCCCCAGUUCCCCGGCGCCCUGGGCGCUCUGGAGCAGGGCAGCCCCCCGGACAUCUCCCCGUACGAGGUACCCCCGCUCGCCGAUGACCCAGCGCUGGCUCACCUCCACCAUCACCUCCCGGCUCAGCUCGCGCUCCAACACCCGCCCGCCGUGCCCUUCCCGGAUGGAGUCGAGCCAGUCGCCCUGGAGGAACAGAGUCGCGUGCAGCUGCCUUUCCCGUGGAUGAAGUCUACCAAGGCUCACGCCUGGAAAGGCCAGUGGGCAGGCGGCGCCUACGCGGAACCCGAGGAGAACAAGCGCACCCGCACGGCCUACACGCGCGCGCAGCUGCUGGAGCUGGAGAAGGAAUUCCUCUUCAACAAGUACAUCUCGCGGCCGCGCCGCGUGGAGCUGGCCGUCAUGCUGAACUUGACAGAGAGGCACAUCAAGAUCUGGUUCCAGAACCGCCGCAUGAAGUGGAAAAAGGAGGAGGACAAGAAGCGCGGCUGCGGGGGCGCGGCGGGCGGCGCCGGGAACGCGGAGCCCGAGCAGGACUGCGCGGUGACGUCGGGGGACGAGCUGUUGGCACUGCCGCCCCCGCCGCCCCCCGGCGGGGCGCUGCCGCCCGCUGUCCCCGCCGCAGCACACGAGGGUCGCCUGCCGCCCGGGCUGAGCGCAUCGCCUCAGCCGUCCAGCGUGGCGCCCCUGCGGCCGCAGGAACCGCGGUGA